UUCUCUAAUUAAAACAGCCCACAAUAGCCUUGGCCUUUUGUAAAAUUGGGCAACACCAUGGAUCCUUUGUACAUAUCUACCACAUUUCCAGAUAUUAAUGUCUCCUUUUCAACAAACUCCACAGACAAUGCAACACUUAUGGAUUUUUCCACCUCCUCCUGUAUCCGUUCUGUCUUCAUACCGAUAAUUUACCUUCUGGUUUGUGUUAUCGGACUGAGUGGGAACACUUUGGUCAUCUACGUGGUUUUACGUUAUGCCAAAAUGAAGACUGUGACCAACAUCUACAUUCUGAACUUAGCCAUCGCUGAUGUCCUCUUCAUGUUGGGCUUGCCGUUCCUCGCCACCCAAAAUGCCAUCUCCUACUGGCCCUUUGGAACAUUCACCUGUAGGCUAGUGACUGCUUUUGAUGGCAUUAACCAAUUCACCAGCAUCUUCUGCCUGACUGUCAUGAGCCUGGACCGCUAUCUUGCAGUGGUCCAUCCGAUUAAAUCUACCAAGUGGCGCCAGCCAAGGAUAGCCAAAUUGAUCAGUGUGGCCGUCUGGACUUUAUCCUUUUUGGUGGUCCUUCCCAUGAUUAUAUUUGCUGAUGUCCAGGAAGAUUUUCAUACCUGUAACAUGAGCUGGCCUGAACCAAUUGAGAUAUGGUCAGCUGUGUUCAUCAUCUACACAUCCGUGCUGGGUUUCUUUGGUCCCUUGCUGGUGAUAUGCCUCUGCUAUUUGUUGAUUGUCAUUAAAGUGAAAUCCUCUGGGAUCCGAGUUGGCUCUACAAGACGCCGGAGGUCAGAGCGGAAAGUGACCAGAAUGGUGGUCAUCAUAGUUGUGGUUUUUGUUUUCUGUUGGCUCCCCUUCUACAUUGUCAAUAUUGUCAAUUUGAUAUUCAUCUUGCCGGAGGAGCCCAUCUUGGUGGGCAUUUUCUCCUUCGUGGUGGUUCUCUCCUAUGCCAACAGCUGUGCCAAUCCCAUCCUUUAUGGAUUUCUUUCAGAAAAUUUCAAGCAGAGCUUUCAGAAGGUCUUGUGCCUCCACAAAGGCAAUAGCAUUGAAGACGGUGACCCCACCGAACUCCGGCAGGAGAAGAGCACCCAUCUGAAGGACAUGAUGCUGCCUCAGAGGAAUGACAACUUCAACGGGCACAUGCUGACUAGCAAGGUGUAGAAAGUCUGUGACUUCAAGAGAGACGCAACUGGAUUGAAAUACAUUAUGGCAUUUACUGCAAGGGGACUGGGACAAGAGAAGGUGAUUACCUCACCUUCCAGGUUAAUGUACAGAAGUUUUCUUUCCCAGCUUUUUGUUGCUGGGUUCACCCUACAAUUCUGGGGGUCAUGAAAAGUUUCAGCACUGGUGACCAAAAAGAACCUAUUGUGCUCCUUUCAUUCUUGCUCUCUCUUCCAUGAAGCUUUUUACACAGGUGCACAGGCACAAAAAACUUAGUUAGACUAUGUUGUACAAAGGAACAGACAAUUGUUAUGACUUCCAUAGCAGAAGGCCUUCUCUUUGCAAUUUAUUACAUUGCAGAUGAAGGUUGGAGACUAUGAGGAUGAUGCAUCUCCCCCAAUCCAACAAACAUGCUACAUUACUACAUGAAAGCAGGCAACAAAACCUCAGCGAAAGAAUAGGCUUGAUCCUCAAUGGGUGUAAUUGCUAGUUGAGAGCUGGUUAAGGCCAAGAGGGUCUUCUUGAAAUAAAUUGGAGCCCUUCAAAGUUUGCCCAAGUUUUCCCUUUCUCUGGUUUUCUCUCUCAGUUGUGUGAACUGAAGAAUUCCCAUAACUCAAGUACCACCUUGCAAGGUCUGCUGCCCCACAGAUCUCUGGCAUACAGGGCCUCCAGCAAUGGCUGAGACCUUCCAAGGAGAGUCUGUGACAA